AUGACGGCAACCAGCCUGGUCAUGCAAAACAGACGGAGCAAAGCCUCUGGGAAACCUCCUCUGCGGUUACCCAUCAUUGCCCCCAAGGAAGAUCUUUUCGAUGCCUUGGCCAAGUCCGAAAAGGCAUUGAUCGCUCCACCGCGCAUCCGCUUGCCUCCCCGAUCUCGUACCGGUUGUUGGACAUGCCGAAGUCGAAAGGUCAAAUGUGAUGAAGGACACCCGCAAUGUAAUCAAUGUACACGUCUAGGCCAUACUUGCGAUUAUCGCCCUCGGCUAGCCUUUCGUGAUGAUACCCCUCGUAUCAUGGGCCGCAUGGCCGAUGUUAAGACAAAUGGCCAUGUCGUUUGGGAUCUCACUUCGCCGAGUUCCAAUGAUGAGAGAACCGAUUAUUUCUCGUCCGGGGAUUCACUCCCGCCCUUUUCCCUGCUCACUUCGGACGAAGAGCGCGAAAAGAAAGCAGAGGCCUUUAGUCCCGGCACGUACCAUGUCGUCAUGACACCAGACAGUUUCUCCUCGCUGCCUGAAUAUGCAGACGAUACAAUUGAGAAAGCUAGAUCAAAUCCUAGCGAGUGUAGGAGCUCUGUGGCUAGUAGCCCCACGAGCGCGGCCAAGGGCGACUCCAGUGUCCGAGGUGAAGAUCCCAAUGUGGUGAUUUUGAAGACUUUCGAAGAUGCCACGAGACGCUCGCCGUCGAAUGGGAAGAUCUCGAGGAUCUCGCCAACAUCGGAGAUCUCAGAUCCUUUCUGCAAUCUGUCUCUCUCGCCAGAUUUCACUUCGCUUCCUUCGCCUGAUGUCAAGGUAGAGGAGAUGACUUUCUUGCAUCCGCGUCUCGAUCAGCAAAAUAGUCAGGAUUCUACGAUCUUUUCCCAUUUCCGUCAGGUCGUAUGGCGGCAGUUGUUCCCUCAUGACCAUAGGCUUGAUGAUUCUUCUGGAUCUGAUAGUCAUUUUAUGACUCUUAGCAUGGACUUCCUAGAGCAGGAAGCCACUCGUUUCCCUCCUCUUUCCCACGCUAUGAUGGCUGUAUCGGCCCUUAGUCUUUCGCACAGCGGCACAGGUCACAAUGUCGAUGCGCUACAAUAUUAUCAGCAAGCUUUUCCCUCGCUCCAGGUCAGUCUACGGAAUAACGAUGAUCUCGUUUCCGACGGACUGUUCCUCACCCACUUCCUGCUUCUGAUCUACGAGAUCGCAGCUGCCGAGCCACACGGCUCGAACCUCUGGUCUCACCAUAUCUCCCGCCUCCUUCACAUCGCGUUCCUUCGACGGGCCAAGUACGGCCAAGAACCCCACCCAUUUAUCCUUUGGUGGGUGUGCCACAUUGACUUGUACGCCCUCUUCAGUGGAGCAGGGACCGGAGAGUUUGUACAAGCUGUCAUCGACCACCAGAUGCUUCCAGGCUCUGAGUGUCUUCUCUAUCCUUCUGCCCCAGAGGGCUACAGUGUGAUUUACUCCGAUGAACAUGAGAGCUUACCGGUGAUUAUGCGUCUGUACCACGACACAUUCCGGCUUGCCGCUCAACUUGGCUUCUUGGCUACUCGGCUUCGUCAUGAUAAACGGAACGUCCCCUUUGCAGAGUUCGAUAAGAGAUCCCAGGAAUUAAGCGAUCUGCGUCAGGCUUUCGGAAGACUGUGGGAAUCACCCGAUGUCGCUUUCUUACAUCAACACCAGGAUAACCUCCCGCGACGGUCUCGGGAAAUCAUGCAGCAGUCUGCUACACUGUACCAUGCUUGUCAACUCUUUUCCUAUAGCAGCAUGUGGCCCGGACAACGUGUCGAGUCGGAUUUCUCCCCAGACGGCGAAAUCGACCACCACGUAACGGAGAUCCUACGCUUAGCCGAGCGAACUACACACACUCGACGCGCUGAUCGACACUUCCUCGUCUUCCCCUUAUUCCUAGCAGGUGCUACGGCAUCGGAGAGUGGAUUGAAGAUGAUGGCGAUGGAAUUGAUGACUAGCAUGGAAGACGAGGAAGAUGGUAUGGGUCGCAAUGCAGCUACCACCCGUGCUAUCCUGCAGAUUGUCUAUGAGCGGCAGUUGGAGCGACUCAUGCAUGUGGGUCAUACAUUUGAUGUGGAUUGGUCUGACCUUAUGGCUCAGGAGGGACUUCAAAUGGUCAAUUUCGGGUUUUGA